AUGUUUCGCGCUUGCUCGUCUAGAUCUUUAAACAGAGGUCUUACCUCUUCUGCGCGAACAUGCUCUAGGGCAUUAAGACCGCUUCAGACUCGCACGCUCGCCAGUGUGAACGUGCCAAGGCCAAAGGAACCGACGGAGCUCGAUCAGAUAACAAGGUUACCGAAUGGAGUUCGAGUAGCUUCGGAAGCCCUCCCCGGGUCUUUCUCCGGUGUUGGCGUAUAUAUCGAGGGCGGCUCGAGAUUCGAGAAUAAUUACUUGAGCGGGGUGAGCCACAUCGUCGAUCGACUGGCCUUUCAUUCCACAGAGAACAAGACCCCAGAACAAAUACAAGAGACGGUCGAAUCGCUAGGAGGAAACGUACAAUGCGUAUCCUCUCGAGAAUCCAUCAUGUACCAGGCUGCCACCUUUAACUCGGCUAUCCCAACGGCGACGGAACUACUUGCGGAUACGAUACGCUUUCCCCGAAUCACGGAUGAAGAGGUUGCCGGAGAGUUGAUGACGGCCGAGUACGAGAUCAAUGAGAUCUGGAAGAAACCCGAACUUAUUCUACCCGAGCUGGUACACAUGGCCGCUUUUAAGGGCAAUACCCUCGGCAACCCUCUAUUAUGUCCUAGGGAACGGAUACCCGAAAUCGACAGGUCGGUAAUUAAAACGUAUAGAAAUACUUUCUAUCGUCCCGAGAGGACCGUUGUAGCCUUUGCCGGCGUCCCUCAUUCCGAGGCGGUGCAACUAGCUUCCGAGUUCUUCGGAGAUAUGCAAGCUCACGGGCAACCUCUUUUGUCUCGGACGGGGUCGGAAACAUCUAUAGAUUCCUCCUCCUCCUCGUCGGAUAAUACCGACGCUUCAGCUUCUUCCCUCUUCUCAUCCUCGUCUUCCUCGUCACAAUCAUCUAGUAUAAUGUCUAAGUUACCCCUAUUUAAAAACAUCUCCACUUCCGCAAGCCGCAACGCAUCCAUGUCCACCUCUCCGGUCAUCGCGCCAACCCUGGAAGAGCUUACCAUGCCUUCGCAUUACACCGGGGGUUUCGUCGCUCUCCCACCGCAACCCCCUUCCCCCAAUCCUAACCUACCCGUUUUCACUCAUAUCCAUCUUGCCUUCGAGGGAUUGCCUAUCGCAUCGGACGAUAUCUACGCGUUGGCGACGCUCAACACGCUUCUCGGCGGCGGCGGUUCCUUUUCCGCCGGCGGACCCGGGAAGGGCAUGUAUUCAAGACUAUAUACUAAUGUACUUAACCAACACGCAUGGGUAGAAUCUUGUAUAGCUUUCAACCAUUCCUACACGGAUUCCGGCUUGUUCGGCAUCUCUGCUCAAUGCGUCCCCGGCCGCACCCAACAGAUGCUCGACGUCAUGUGCCAAGAAUUGAGGGCGCUUACCGUGGACACCGGCUUUGCCGCCCUCGGCCAUGUCGAAGUUAACCGCGCCAAGAACCAACUACGUUCCAGCCUGCUGAUGAACUUGGAGAGCCGAAUGGUUGAGCUGGAAGACCUGGGCAGGCAAGUCCAAGUACACGGUCGCAAAGUACCGGUUCAGGAGAUGUGCCGAAAGAUCGAGAGCCUUACGAUCAGCGACCUACGCCGGGUAGCGAAGCAGGUCGUAGGGGGGUUGGUACAAAAUAACGGUAAGGGAAGCGGUGCUCCGACCGUGGUGUUACAAGAGGCCCAGCACCCGUUUAUGUCCGGAAAGCAGAUGUCGUGGGAAGAGAUACAAGACAGGAUAUACAAAUGGGGCCUGGGUAGAAGGUAG